AUGUUGGUGUCCUUGACCGUCGGCAAGGUCGAUGCGGGUGUCGCGGUCCUGCUCACCCAGGACAAGCGGUUGAUCGAGUUUCCUUCUAUCCUUCUGCCCUCGACCAUCACAUCGGGCUCGAUCGUGGAUAUCGAGGUCAAGCAAAACCACGAAGCAGAGCAGAAAUCGCAAGCCGCUUUCGCUGCGUUACAGAGCCAGAUAUUAAGCACCUAUGGCCUUCAUGUCCCCGCGACACCUGUCCUGCGCCUGCGGAAUGCCACACAAACCUCCCUCGUCCUCGAAUGGGAACCGAUUCAGUUGGCAACAACGACCCUACGCUCACUUGCCCUUUACCGCAAUGGGAGCAAGGCCGGUAACAUACCACGACCGCUAGAGACACUCAGCACCAAGAUGAGUGGAUUGGCAAUCGAUACGGAGUACUCGUUUUAUUUGGUGCUCAAAACCAGUGGCGGGAUCUAUACGAGCAACACCCUUACCGUCAAGACCCAUGCAAUGAACAAUCUGACCGGUAUAACCGUCACCCCAGGGAUACUGCCCCCACAAUUGAGAGAGAGUCUCGAAGAAACGAUCUCACGUAUUGGCGCAAAGAUCAACGACACGGUCAAGAUCGACACCACCCAUUUCGUUUGCACGGAAGGCCGGGGCCGAGAUUGGGAAAGGGCAAAUGAGAUGAAUAUCCCUGUCGUCAGGCCUGAAUGGGUGGAUGGGUGCGAAAGAGAAGGCAAAAUUAUCGGAGUUCGUGGAUAUUAUUUGGAUGCGGAUCCCAAACAAAGACAGAUUGGAUCAAAUCCAAGUCUUUCGGCGCCGCCAGGUCGACCUUCUACCACAACUGCACCAGCUGUGCAGGCCCCCCAACAAGCGAAUGUGCCUCAACGGCCCAAAGAACAGCCACUAAAGAGUCCGGAUAGAGAGAGCACUGUGAGCGGCGAACCGGGUCCUGAAGUUCUGCCUACUCCACCUCCUCAGAAAGAUCUCCCACCCCCACCUGCGGACGAUGCUGAAGAGGAAAGCGAAGACGAAGAGGCCGAGGAGGUCGAAGAGGAGGAAGAAGAGUCUACAGCUGUCGAACCAAAGGGCAAAGGAAAAGCGCCUGAGGUCGAGCUGGAUCAAGAGGAGGAUGAGGACGUGGAUGAGGAUGAGACGGAAUCAGGUCGUUACGAGCAACUGCCCGAAGCUGAAGGCAAAGGGGGGGCCGAAAUGGAGGAUGUCGUGUUGUGA